UUCACGCCCAGCAGGUGGCAGCACUGAGCCUUAGCAUCUCGGGUUUAGCAACACUAGCAGCAGGCACCAUGUUUGUUUGUCUCUGUUUCCAGGUAACCACUCAGCGGUGAGAUGACGGAGCUCCACCAGGCUGCAGCUGCAGGAGAUCUGCUCCAAGUCCAGGAGAUUCUGAGGCUCAAAGGAUGUGAUCCGAACCAGAAGGACGAGGAGUGGAGCUGCAAAACCCCCCUGCACUGGGCAGCUGCUGGAGGUCACGUGGAGGUUGUGAGGCUCCUGAUUGGUCACGGGGCGUGUCCCUCUCUGAUGACAGAGCACGGAUGGACGGCCGCCCACAGCGCCGCGGAGGCCGGACGCCUCCCUGUCCUGAAGCUGCUGCAGAGCCUGAACGCACCGCUGGACCUGGAGGACUUAUGCGGAGAGACGCCUGAACGCAUCGCGCAGAUCUACGGACACCACGACUGUGUCAGAUUCCUCAAGAAAGCAGAGGUUGAGGCUCAGAAAGGAAUCUCAUUGGACGACACUAACGAGGGGCGGAGCAAACAGGAGAACAAGGAGAAGAGGUGCAAGAAACUGGCGUAGGCUCUUUAUGAAAGUCAUUAUAUUCCUCCCGGUAAUCAUCAAAAUAUGCUUAAAAAGUCACUGAAACAAACAGGAAUCCCUUUACCGUACACAGUGUUAAGAAACAAACAUUUG